AUGCGUCUAUCUGUUAUUUUCGGCUUCGUCUUCAGCGCAAUCACUCUCACUUCGGUGGUUGCUGCGCCGCUCGAGGAUCAGCCAAAGCUAGUCCACAAAGUAAGCGACGGUCCAAAGCGUGAGUAUCAUACGCUUCUGCCCGACGCGCUCAAAUUGCACUAGCUGCUUUCUUCUGAACUGAGCUCUUCACUCACAAAUCUCUCCCCUCGGCUCCCUUCCCAUUGAAAUCUCACGUCGGAAGUGUUCAAAGUCGCCAAGGAUCAAUCGGACCUGGGCGAUUUCUGGCUGGAACAAUCCAAGCAAGAUUUCGGCGUUGCCUGCGCCGAAAAGGUCCGCGAUACAUCCGACGGACUCUUGACCUAUGAAAACUACGUCAUCCUUCCGCCCGCAUUCAACGUCAAUGUUCAUGGAGAAAAGCUAGAUGAGCAAAAGUUUGUGAUCCAGGCAUCUUGCAAAUACACGCUCGAUGUGUCGGGGACCAGGUAGGUGUUUGCUGGUCCUCUCUUCGUGACAAGACCUUGCAUGGGUGCCUCGCGGCUGACAAGCUUGUGCUGCGCCUUAUCAUAUCGUCCUAGACUUCCAUGGACUUCGACUGAGAUCACGGAUAAGGUGGGUAGUCGAGGAACGCAACAAGCCUUGAUCUUGUGCCUCCAAGUCGUGAGCUGACCACUCCUACUCUCAUUGCCGCUACCACAGGUGGCCAAGUCUCUGCAUUGGGACUCCCUGCCCACCAAGGUGCCGGCUUGA